CGCGCACGUUCGGGCCGACACCUUUGAAUGCAACCACCACCAUCGCGCUCUGCCCACUGUGUACAAGUCUCCCAUGUUUUGCGAUGUUCCGAUGACGUCCAGUCACUCCUUCACCCUGAACACCCUCUAUGAAGUCACCCGAACCAUCGUUCAACGCAUUCAAGAACGGGCUUUUGCUUGAGCUGCGGAGAGCUGCCGAGGAGCUCCGAGUUCUAAGGCUCUCUUAAAACAUAAAUACUAUCUUUUUCACGCGUGAAUCGAACAUCAACGUGGAAGCACGGAGCUUGUUGUUUACUCCCGGGAGGCUUGUAUUGUUGUUGAGAUUGCAUAGUACGCUUUUCCUUACUAACAUAUCUGGCCACUUCAUAACCUCACUAUCUUGUCAGUCCCAAAUGCAAUGCAACCGUGGUCGUAUCCAGCCCGAUGGCAUAGCCAGCUUCCUGCGUCGACGCGGUCUCAUAUGGGAGUGCUUCUGUGGCCUCACAUCCAACCACCCUACCCCUUCUCGCAUCAUGUUUGUCCCCGAAACCAACCACACUAUGGUCUAUUGCCACUCAAAGACUAAUGGGUGCGGUUUCGAAUCGACCUCAACGAAACAUCCCACCAAGCGUACGAGGAUUCAAGGUAUCUCCAUAUUCCGACUCUAGCUUCGGGGACUCCGUACGAUAUCGAUCCCUGGCUUCGCCUCUUCAAUGAACGCCUCAGCACCAACAACAAUCACCGGUUGGCUGAGAUUGCCCCUCUUUUCGAGGGCUAUUGCGGCUCUCAUCAGUCCAUGUACCCGGGCUAUAUCCAGCUGGCCAGUCACUUACCAAUGCGAACACAUCGUCGAAACUUCUCAGACAUAUUCCGUCGCUAUAUCACCAUAGCCCCUCGCUGGCGCACACUGCAGAGCCACGCUCUCAUGGCAGCCAGCACCUCCAACAUACCCGUCCACAGCAGUGUGCUUACCGGUGGUGCACCAGCCCUCCCAGCGCCUCCCUUCUUCCUUGCGACCGCCCUCUCUAUCGCAGCAGGUAGCAUCACCGUCUCCGGCCACUCGACCAUCUCCAGCAUGCCAUCCUCCUCCAGCAAUCAGGCUGGUACAUCUGAAAUCGAGCAGGCCUUGCUCGCGAGAUUAGCAGGUGGGAAUGGGCUGUCGCUUACUGAGUGGACUGGGCUAGUAGAAGAGUGUACACGCUGCAAGAAGCGCUUUGCUGCGACGAGUCUGAGGGGGCACAUCAAGGAAGGUGUACGGGGCCUCUGUGGGCGUAAAGGGCACGGAUGCUGGGACCUAGUUUCAGGUCCGAGUCCGGUCAUCGGAGUCGUAACAAUCGACCAUAAACUCGUCCCCGUUCACUAUCCAUAACAAUCUCCCCGCGUGUUCGAUUUGCCGGUGCCUCAGGUGUCAGAUCGUCUAUAUAGCUGGCUUGGCAACAGCUGCCUUAUUGGGAUAAGCAGCCAUCUGGUGAUCUUGGUGAGGUGCGUGGUGCAUCACUGGGGGUAUUAGUCGAUGUUUCCGGGGAAAACAUGUCAAAAAUAUUUUAAAUGUUUUGCUCAAAAUGCCAAAUUUAAAAGGUGACCUUCCCAAUUACGAAGGCAACCCUCAAAACAUCUUAAAUGUUUUUUUACAAAAACAUGGGCAGUUGCCCCCAGU